UAUUCAAGCCAAGAAGUAGAAAAAUAAAAGAAGAAAGAAGUUCCAAACCCCUUCUCCAAUCUAAGUCCUCUUCUCCCAAAAACAAAAUAAAACCCCUCUCAUUUCAAAGCUCAAUAAACGAGCUAACCCCACCAAAAAGCCCACCAAUAGUUUUGAUUAAUAAGGAAAUAAUUAAUUUAUUUCCAACAAAGUGGUAUCAGAGCCCGAGUUAUUAUUAAGUAUGCUCUGUGGUUGCAGCGUAGUCUGAACUUCCACAUCAGAAAAAAAUUUCUCGUGUUUUUGUUAUCACGAUUGUCCCAUGGUCGAAAAAUCUACUUUCCCCAUUCAAUUCCCCCACCUUACCAAAACCAACUACAAAAAUUGGUGCAUUCGUAUGAAAGCCUUUCUGGGAUCCCAAGAUGCUUGGGAUAUUGUUGAGAAAGGUUACGAGAUACCCUCGGAGGAUUCUCGGUUAUCUCCUGCUGAAAGGGAGGUAUUGAGAAAAAAAUAGAAAGAGUGAUCAAAUGACACUCACUCUAAUUCAUCAAUGUCUUGAUGAAUCCAUGUUCGACCAAGUAGCAGAUUCUACCAUGGCGAAGGAAGCAUGGGAAAUUUUGCAAAAAGAAAUGCAAGGCGUGGAACCAGUAAAGAAGGUUCGACUUCAGACACUCAUGGGAGAUUUUGAAUCUAUGAAAAUGAAGGAAGGUGAAUCUGUUUCAGAUUACACCGCACGUGUGAAGUCUAUCGCUAGCAAACUGAAGCAGUAUGGGGAGAAAAUUGAAGAGACCAAAGUGGUGGAGAAAAUUAUACGGUCAUUAUUACCGAAGUUCGACUAUGUGGUGGUGGCCAUGGAGGAAGCAAAAGGCGUGUCAAAGAUGACAGUGGAUGAAGUUAUCGACACAUUGCAAGAACAGGAGGAAAGAUUAUAUAAAAUAAAUGAAGAAUCAUCAGAACAAGUGUUAGCUACAAAAGGUACCACUGAAGAGAAAGAAGGUGCCCGAGGAGGAGGUCAGUACAGAGGUCGAGGCAGCUACAGAGGUAGAGGAAGAGGAAGAGCUCGAGGAGCAUAUCAAAGUAGAGAUGGAGGAAAUUUCAUCACGAACAAUUAUGAAACGUCCACCAGAGGCAGAGGUUGUGGACGUGGAAGAGAAAGUUGGAGAUCAAAUGAAGAUCAUGAUAAAUCCAACGCCCAGUGCUAUAAUUGCUCGAAGUACGGGCAUUAUGAUUCGGAAUGUUGGAGUUUGCCUAAAGAAGUGGAGGAGACAGCAAACAACGUGCAAGAAGAAGAAAUCAAAGGCACAUUGAUGCUGUCACAUCAAGGAGAAGAAAAACCGAAAGAUAACAUGUGGCACCUAGAUAAUGCAGCAAGUAACCACAUGUGCGGUACAAGAAAAAUGUUUGUGGAUAUGGAUGAAUCAGUGAAAGGAAAUAUCGUAUUUAGAGACUCCUCGAAAGUUCCUAUCAAAGGGAGAGGAACUAUACUCAUCCGGUUGAAGAAUGGAUCACAACAAUUUAUCAGUGAUGUGUACUAUGUCCCAAACAUGACAAGUAACAUCUUGAGUUUGGGUCAGCUAAUGGAGAAAAAUUAUGAAGUUCAUAUGGUGAAUCGUCAACUGGAGCUGUUAAAUGAGAAGAAGCAGUUGUUGGCCAGAGUCCCAAUGUCGAGAAAUAGAAUGUUCAACCUGAACAUUCAAACUGAAAUGGCGAAGUGUCUGAAAGCGUGUGUGAAGGACACUACAUGGCUAUGGCAUCUCAGAUUUGGUCAUCUGAAUUUUGAAGGCCUGAAGUUACUCGGUCAGAAGAAGAUGGUUCAUGGUAUGCAAGUGAUCAAUCAUCUAGACCAGUUGUUCGAAGGAUGCUUAGUUGGGAAGCAAUUCAGGGAAAGUUUCCCGAAGGAGUCCCUGUCAAGAGCUAAAACAUCGCUUGAGCUUGUACAUGCAGAUCUCUGUGGACCGAUUACCCCAACAUUGUUCGGAAAGAACAAAUAUUUUCUACUGUUCAUUGAUGACUACAGUAGAAAGACAUGGGUAUACUUUUUGAAGCAGAAGUCAGACACAUUUGAAGCUUUCAAGAAGUUUAAGAUGCUCGUGGAAAAUGAAAGCGUCCGCUACAUCAAAGUCAUGAGAUCAAAUAGAGGGGGAGAAUUUAUGUUGAAGAAGUUCAGAAGGUUCUGUGAAUAUCAAGGAAUUCGCAGGUUUCUCACAGUCCCAAGAUCCCCACAGCAGAAUGGAGUCGUUGAGAGGAAGAACAGAACUGUCCUCAACAUGGCGAAAACAAUGCAGUCAAAAUCGCGCUUUAAAACUUAAAAACUUACGAUUUUACGCUUUUAGGUCACCAAAACACUUUCGUUUUCAUAUAAAAACUUAAGAGUAUAAAAUCGGACUAAAUUGCGCUUAAAAGCUUACGAUUUUACGCUUCUAAUUCUCCAAAACGCUUUACGUUUUUACGCUUUUAGUUCACUAAAUGAGUAUUCUUUUCAUGAAAUUAAUUAUGAAAAAUAUAUUUUAAAAGUAAAUCACCAACAAUAUGAUACAUUUGAGAUUACAAGAUACAAAUAAGGUACUUGGAUGCAUUCUCAACUUAGAUAGAGAAAUCUAAUUCACCCGUUAGGCUUUUCCCAAAUUCAUUAGCAUAGUGGGAAAAGUGGCUUAUUGUUAAAAUUUAUGUUUACAAACUUUAUUAUAAGAUGCUAUAAGUUGUUCUACUUUAGGCAUGAAUCACAUGUAUUUAUUGACUUAUCAUCUAAAUUCUGUGCAUUCAUAUUUUGCAUAGCAUAUGUCAUACUUAAUACAUUUUUAGUUAUUUU